GACCGACCGGGGUUUUCGGAAGAAGAAGAAGAACAAGAAGCACAGAGACUAAUUUUCUGUGUCAGUAGGUUUCCUGCCGCGGGAGAUGAUGUCUUCUUCCGAAUAGUCGAUGUCUUCGUAGUGGUGCAAGGGUGACGGUGAGAGAAUUAGGGAAUCCCCUCGCUGCUCCGUAAAGGAGGAGUUGUGUGCGGUCCUCCAGACUAUCGAGGAGUUCAGCUGGAGUCAAGAUUCAAAGGUUCAGGAUUUGAAGUUUGCGAGCGUGAGUUCGACCAGCCGUCACCGCUUGAGUUCCUCACCAACCUGCACUGCGCAUGUCCACCCGAGCGUCCCCCCACCCCGCGUUGUAUUUCCGGCGGUUCGGCUGCCCGAUUCCUUCGCCGCUGUGUGUGCAACUAGGCUACGGUGGCACUGGGCUAUCCAUCCUGCGUAACGUUCGGCGCUGACGUCACGACCUGCGGGGAACUCACCCGAAGUUCGGUCGGUUUGGUUCGGUCGGUCCGCACGCCAGCAACCACGCUCGACGUUCCGGAUCGGUCCCAACAGAACGUAGCAAAGCUUCAGUCGGUGCGGUCGUAACACCACAGCGCAAACGGGCACCCAAACGAGGCGAGCGAUUCAAAGAAGAAGGGGGACACAUACCGUCGUCUAAGGGGCACCACUUCCAGCGGAGUCAGUGUCCGAGGAAACUUCCGGCGCGCCAAACUCGUUAAAGUCGGUGUGUUGUGUGUUCUGUCGUUGCAGGUCGCGUCGAAUGCGUAACGAGGUGUCGGUGUCGAGUGUGUAUGCAUUCAGGCGCAAUCCAAGUGAAGAGUGCCAUCUGGUGGCGAAUCGCUGCUUAAAGUGAGUGCGAAGCAAGCUGAAACCGAAAUCAAAGAAGCAAGGCUUUAAGAAUCGUGUCGUGGUGCGGUGAAGGUAAAGGAAGGAGGAGGUCGUGUCGCGUCGAGAAUCUCGUCGUCGCCGCCGUGGUGUGUUUUUGUAACAGUUUUUUGUAAGAAAAGGUGGUCGCACUGCAGCAAUUCCGAGAGUUUAGUUUUGUACGAAACGUGUGGAGAACACACUUUUUAAAACGAGAGUUAAAGUUGAUGUGCGUGUGUGCUAGAGUUUACCAGUUUUUAGCUUCAUCAAAGUCUAGUGAAAGUGUUUAUUUUUCUACCUCUCCCAGUCCCGUUUGUAAAGAGUAGAGUUCAUAGUAUCGAAAGUUAUCAAUGUUAUCAAGCGUUCAGCACUACUCGUAAUUUAAGCGUUGUAAGGACUCUCAGUAAACAGACUUGGUGGUAGCUUAAGGAAGAGACUCUCGCUACCAAUGGGUGACUUUCUGUACGGUGGUUCGGUGCUGGCGAACGAUUCGUGCGUGUCCAGCCAGUCGCUGCUGGAUACGUUGAGCAUCAACAACCUGCUGAACAUCAAGCACCUGACAAACGGUUCGAACGUCGUUGGGGCGGGAGCUGGAGGCGGUCUUAGCCCAUCCGUAGCUUCGGAACCUUCAUCCAACAGUCCAAAUUCGUCGUCGCUGGUUGAUCCGUGUGACAACAACAACAGUUGCCAAAAGUUGGGCAAGAAGCCGGACGAGCAGGGUCUGUUGAUAACGGGAACGGGUCCGAUGGCUGCGUCCAACAACUCGAACAUUCCAACCAUUUCCAGCGCCGCAAUGUCCUCGGAGGUCGCGGCCAGUGUCGUCAACACCCUAUCGUCACUGCAGCUGUCCGCGGCGCAGCAUUCCGACGAUGAUACGUCGACGUCCUCGCUGCUAAACGGCGGAUCCAUAGCUUCCCCGAUCGCCUCCAUGAACAACAACAACAACAACCCGAACGCAGCCAACAACAAUCUGCUGAUCGAGAACUCCGACCUGCACCUGUCAAGUGCCGCGGAAGAGCUCAGCCUAAAGGGCGCCGACCUGAGCUGUCUCGGAGUGACUUCGUCCUCCUCCCACAUGGUCCUACCCCCGAACGGUGGACUCAACUUCGGAACAACCCCGGAUCACGCCAGCAGCCCCUGGUCCACGAGCAUAGACGAAGCCACCAGCUCGCACCUCUCGAUCAACGGGCUCAGCGCGUUCCAGAACUUCUCCAGCAAUCAUCUCUACAACGGCGCCGCCGUGGCCGCUGCCGCUGCCGCAGCCGCCGCACAACAGCAACGCCGUGCCAUCACCGCAUCGCACGGUGGAUUCCAUCACGGCCUGUCCCCAACCAACACCAACCCCAACCACAUGCUCCAACAACAGCAACAACAACAACACCCCAACCAAUCCCAACAACAAAACCAGUUCAAGAACUCGUACCCAACCUGGUCCAACCCCGCCCCGUCCGGCCCCUGGUCCCAACAACCCCAGCACCCCCAACAACAACAACCACAACCCAACCCGAUGAACUCCUGGAACCGCGGCCGUUCCGUCCCCAACAACAUGAACCUGGGCAACGGCCUCACCGGAUCCCUGCACGGUCCCCGCAAACCCCAGCACAACCAAGCCCUGUCCCCGUACGGAAACCACGGAAUCCACCAACAGCAACAGCAACAACAAUCCCAACAGCAACAACAUCUUCAGCAAUCGCUCUCGAUGGCCGGGUCGAACCUGAUCAACUCGCCCUCCAAGUACCGUCGGAGCACCUCCUACUCGGGCAAGUCCGGAAUGGGGGGCGGUGUUGGUGGUAACGGUGGAAACAACGGCUUCGGAGGGCCACUCGAUGUGGUUCAGCAGCUGGAUGAUAGCCGGGAUCCGUUCCUGUCGGCGUACCAGGACCGCACCGGAUUAAACAAUGGAUUAGAUAUGCGUUCGCUCGAGCACUGCCUCAGCGACAUCAUGCGGAACGUAGGCGAAGCUUCCCAGCCGGAUCAUUUGAAAGGAUUCCUCAACUGCAACACAAACACACUCCAAUCCUUGGCCCAGCUACAUGGUAAGUUUAUUCAAAUAUGAAACCUACUACUAAUAACACUCACCUUUACCUGAAAACAAAACAAAACGACUCCUGUAUAAGUGCGUUCGAUAGAUGUUAUCACAAAAUUCCAACAAAAACCCCAAUCCAUUAGGCAAAGUGGCUUACCGAAACAGACAACUACAGCCAUUCUAAAGCCAUUUUAUCGCUCAAACAGAUACUCACACGAACGCACAAAGCAGCACCUGCCCAUUAGAAAAUUGUGUUCGAUGUACCCUUUGCCGAAGUGCGUUCAAUAAUCGUAACAAUAAAAAACUACAACACACCCAUUACUGCGCCACUCCUCAUUCAGACAAUGUGAACAAUCGCACUCACAGUUGUGAGGUAUGUCUGCAUUGUUUAACACCCAUACUAUUCGAUUCGAAGUUAAGUGGGUCUGGUUGAAAUGAAUAUAAAAAAAAAGAUAAACAUAAUGCAUUCUUCACCACUGAAACUCGCCAGCGAUAGUACUCAAAAGUGAAAAUAUUUGUGUAAUUUGAGGUCAGACAGAGGGAGGGUUGCGAAAAAAAAGGGGUUUCCAAUUGAAAGGUUUCUGGCGCCCACACAAACGCACACCCCGAUCCACUUGAACUCAAACAGGUGUAAUAACAAUAACGAUGAAAAUAAUGAACUUGCAAAUGGACGCACGUCGUCCUGGCAUGUGGCGGUAAGGAAGAGUCGUGUGAGUGUUGUAACGAGUUGUUUUGGGGCAUUGAAAUUUUAAAG